AUGGAGGCGGAUUACCAUUAUGCCGUGUUUCAGACAGAUAAUAAAAAUAUUCCCAGCUGUGACGACUCUUUACGACCGACCAGCACGUCUAGUAGAGGGAGUAGAAGUACCAUAUUCGGAGUGACAAAAAGAGAUUUAAAUCGAGUAAAGACCGACAUCGACCGAUUGUGGAAAGAAAGAUGUUCCCUUGUAAAAAAAGAAAAACGGAGACAGGAAAUCUUGUCUGAACUCAUGGAGCUAGCAACAGACCUGGCCUCUUUAUACGGGGAAGUCAUGUCUCUUUUUCUUCAAAGGUUCGAGCUGAACAUUCUGGCUUUGUUACGUCCUGUACAUGGAAUGUUUUACGCCAUGAGCAUGCACUGUCGGUACAAUUGUCUGGACAGAGAGAUAGACUUCCUGCCUGGUGCCAGAAACAUAUAUUCCAGUUUCCUGUCCGGGGUUCUAGGGCUGAUGAGGGGAGCUAAGGUCCUGCUGAAGAGGCUGAAAUACGAUAACGACCAGGCUCGUCAGAGACGGAGCAUGAUACAAAACAGUAUAUCCGGAUUUGUGACGGAAAUAUCCAUCAUUAUAACCCAGGGCACAAAUCAUGUGUCGUUAGAGGAGUACAGACAACUUAUGUUCAAAGUUGGAAGUUUGUGUACGGAUGCUUUCUUCGGAAUAGGGAAAACAAAAGGAAUUGCGGAUUCACUAGAAAUGGGAGAGAAUGCAGUGGCUUUGGGACCAAACAAGCACCUUGGUGAUGUGUCCUACUGUGACGUCAUCAGAUGUCCCGUCGAAAACCGCCAGGAUAUUCUAGACUCGUUGAAAUUACAAGAUGGACAACAUCUUAUUUCAGACAUAUUCCAAAUUACCGGAAGUUCGUUUCAGAGUUCAGAAAGGAUUUCUGUGCGAUUUCCAAUAUCAAAAGUGGCCCUCCCAUCCACUGUGGCGAUCAAAGUGAAAAUAAAAUGUGGACCUAAAUGGCUUGAUGUGGUAGGAGAACUUAUUGACAGUCAAGUAGAGUUUGAGGCCAGGUUUAUCCAGGCGUUCGUAGCUGUAGCUGGUUUCCGUGCCUACCAUAGGGAAAUCCCUCUCUCGGGGUAUACCUAUAUCUCCGAGGACGAUAGUCGGGUCAGGAUCAACUUUCCUAAAGACUGCUUCAACAAGCCCGUCAUUGUCCAGUUUAGGCUAGUGAUGGUGAACAGAACCCGGAUGUUUGGAUACAAAGAUUGUUGUCCUGAACAAUGUCAGUCCAUCACGGCCAUCUCUGACUUCCUGUUCAUCAAGUUUGACAAAGACGUCGAUAUUAAGGAACCAGCCCUGAUGCACUUGCCAAUUAUCAAUGAUAUAGACGACCCUGACUCGGAGAUCGUUAUGUUCCGUAUCGGUGGUAACGAGGAGACGGAAAUUCUCCAGAAAAGGUCGGCCAUGCGGUGCGAGUCCACAACAAGCUGUUACACAUUCCAAGUGGACAGGUUUAAUGGAAUCGCUCUUGCAAAAGUGAAGAAGAAGUUUAUGAGGAAGUCUAAGGGUUUUGUGGAGGACGAACUGAAGUUGUAUCUAGGGGAGGAACACAUGUGUUCUAUCCUGACGUUCCUAGAUAAAAGUCUUCUACAUGUCGGUGUGGUUAAAAUAUGGAUUGAAAUCGUUGAGAAGAGGUUCGUCAAGCGAGCUCUGAGACGGCGAGCUAAAGAAGGACUUUUCGAAAUCCCAGGAAAUCGAUCUGUAGAUAUCCGACUCAAGGAAAACGAGACUGUUACAUUUGAUACCGAUGGAAAUAUACAGAAAAUCCGGGAGAUUCCGAAUGACUUUUUCUCCAUUAUAUAUACAAGUAGCUGCCGUGAUAAUUACCGUUCUUUUCCGCUCGAGCCGAGGAAGGACCCACGUGGUCGCCAUGUUGGGAUAGUUAAUUUCUUCAAAAAAGUCGAUGGACUGGAUACAUUUCUACACACCGUUACCCUUGAUACCAACCGAUUUCUGGUCAGCAUGUCCAGGCUGAAAACAUCCUACUCAGAGAACAGACCAGGAAUGAUGAAUGUGUUUGCUACGAUUGGAAGGACUAACCAAUGGUCACGUGGAUCCACGCGCUCCUCCACCAAGUCUGUCCGAUCGUCCAUCCAGUAUCGCUCUAUCUUCGAUGAUGUACCAAUAUUAAGCCAUCAGAGCUUACUGGCCCUCUCCAGCGCAAUCAACAUCCAGAUGGCGCAAGUGCUUGGCUCCCAGCUCGGCCUGCAGUACGAGGACAUUCUAGACAUCAAGAGCGUCAACCAGCCCCAUGUCGUCACCAUAUUUGAAAUCCUUUGGGAAUGGCGGGGAAAGGUGGCCACACCCGACCAAGUAGAACAGCUCAUAAAGUCAUUUAAUCAAAUUAAUCAAAAGUAUUUUGCUGAUGUCAUUGUGAAGGUCAACAGAGAAAAACGAGGUCUAACACGAAAAGAUUUUCAGUAAACGGACAACGCUGUCACACAAUCAGGUUAUAAAGUGGUGAAUGUUUUAGUGGUGAAUAUG